CAUGUUUCCCUAAGGUGAAAGGUUAUUCCACGGCGUGAUGUGAAAGAUGGCGGGAUCUGGUAUGUCUGGAGUGGUAAUGUCUGCACAAACUGUGCCCAUGGACACGUCUCAGCCUGGUCCUGUGGCCCAGCUAGAGAACCAAGUCACCAAGAUUCUGGAGGAUGCCUUGGUCACAGAUGCCAUUGAAGAAGUCUUUGCAGGGUUCAUUGUCCACUCACUGGUGUGUGAGUGCCUUCUACUGAGUGAUGAACUUCACUAUCUAUCUGCGGACAAGUGGAACCAGUCCUUCUCACUUCUACACAGAGUCAUAGACAGGGUAGACUACAAGGGAUGUAGAGACCUGUUCAAGAUUGCCCUGGAGAAGGUACAGAUUAUUCCAACCACAGUCACGGCGUCAUCACUACGGCAACUGGAGAUGGUCACCAAGCUGAUGAUGUCACUGCUAAACAGAGACAACUGCCUCAUGCCUGCUUAUUUUGCUGUCAACGAGAUCAGGAAGCUGUACUCAGAGGACAAGUCCCUGCCACAUUGGUCCUUAGGCAACUUGCUGUCAGAGUUUGUGGACACCUUUAGAACGACUGCUCAUAUGGUGUCCAUUUCAGGCCGUCCCCAGCUGCUCCCGGUGGUAGGACAUUCAGGAGCCACAGGAAAUGCCUGGAAACUGGACCCUGCCACACUCAGGUUCCCUCUCAAGGGACUCCUACCAUAUGAUAAGGAGCUUUUUGAACCUCAGACAGGCCUGCUGAGGUAUGUGUUAGAACAGCCAUACUCCAGAGACAUGGUGUGCAACAUGCUGGGCCUCAACAAACAGCACAAGCAGAGAUGCGAGGUGUUGGAGGAACAGCUUGUGGACCUGAUUGUCAUCGCUAUGGAGAGAUCUGAACAUGCAGACACAGCAGUAGACGAUGGAGGGGCCAGUCAGUUGCUAUGGCAACAUCUGUCCAGUCAGCUCAUCUUCUUCGUGCUCUUCCAGUUUGCAAGCUUUCCCCACAUGGUGCUGUCCCUUCAUGAAAAGUUGGUAGGACGGAGUCUGCGGAAGGGCAGAGACCAUCUCAUGUGGGUCUUACUCCAGUUUAUAUCAGGGAGUAUACAGAAGAACCCGCUGAGUGACUUCCUCCCAGUGAUGAAGCUGUACGACUUGCUGUACCCUGAGAAGGAAAGCAUUCAGGUUCCUGACAUCAAUAAACCCCAGUCCACACAUGCCUUCGCCAUGACCUGCAUCUGGAUUCAUCUGAACAAGAAGGCACAGAACGAGGACUCCAAACUACAGAGGCCGAUCCCACAGGCUCUCAAGUCUCAACUGGAGUUUCUACAACAGAGUUUGAGAGGAGGGGCCAAGAAUCUCCCCAUGUCAGACUACAGAAUAGCAGUCCUGUGCAAUGCUUAUAGCACCAAUACUGAGUUUUUUGCGCUCCCCAUGGGGGUUUUGGUGGAGACUAUAUACGGCUCCGGGAAGACAACCACCCCCCUGCCAGGCCCCGGGAGUGUUGUCGCCUCAGGACCAACGGCACCAUUACCCAUGAACCUCCUGGAUUCACUGACAGUCCAUGCCAAGAUGAGCUUGAUCCACAGUAUUGUGACCCGUGUGAUCAAACUGGCCCAGACCAAGUCCAACCUGGCCCUGGCCCCAGCCCUGGUGGAGACCUACAGCCGACUGCUGGUCUACAUGGAGAUAGAGUCACUGGGCAUCAAAGGCUUCAUCAGUCAGUUGUUACCCAACGUGUUCAAGAGCCAUGCGUGGGGUAUCCUGCACACCCUACUGGAGAUGUUCAGCUACAGACUGCACCACAUCCAGCCACACUACAGGGUACAGCUGCUGUCCCACCUGCACUCCCUGGCUGCUGUCCCACAGACCAACCAGAACCAGCUACAUCUCUGUGUGGAGAGCACUGCCCUGAGGCUCAUCACUGGUCUGGGGAGUGCAGAAGUCCAGCCACAGCUGUCCAGGUUCCUCAACGACCCCAAACAGAUCCUCUCUGUUGAAUCUGAGGAGCUAAAUCGAGCACUGGUGUUAACCCUAGCAAGAGCCAUGCAUGUUACAGGUUCGGAGACUCUGUCGGGUAACUGGUGUAAGGACAUCCUCACCACCCUGAUGUCCAACACCCCCCACAACUGGGCCACCCACACCCUGUCCUGCUUCCCGCCCGCUCUACAGCAGUUCUUCAAACAGAAUCCAGUCCAGGUGGAGAACAGGCUGAACCUGAAGAAGAAUGUUGAAGACGAGUUCCGCAAGUGGAAGUCGAUGACAAACGAGAAUGAGACGGUCCAACACUUCACCAUCCAGGGUGCCCCGCCCCUGUUCCUGUGCCUCCUGUGGAAGAUGCUGCUGGAGUCUGACAGGAUCAGUCCUGUGGCUGUCAGAAUCAUGGAGAGGAUUGGAGCCCGCUCCCUGACAUCACACAUCAGAACCUUCGCAGAUUUCCUCGUGUACGAGUUCUCCACAUCUGUGGGUGGCCAGCACGUCAACAGGUGCAUUGAGAUCCUGAAUGACAUGAUCUGGAAAUACAACAUCGUUACCUUGGACAGGCUCAUCCUAGCCCUGGCAUUCCCUUCAUUUCAGGCCAUGCGAAGUCACGAGGGCAACGAGGCCCAAGUCUGUUUCUUCAUCAUCCAGCUGCUGCUGCUCAAGCCCUCCGAGUUCCGCAACAGGGUCAACGACUUUGUCAAGGAGAAUUCCCCGGAGCACUGGCUGCAGACGGACUGGCACAGCAGACAUAUGAACUUUCACAGGAGACAUCCAGAGAAGUUUUAUUUCGAAGGCCUGCAGGAGCUGGCCUCGGGGUCCCAGACAUCAGCACAGCCAUACUUACCCAUCUAUUUUGGAAAUGUCUGCUUAAGAUUCCUUCCAGUGUUUGAUAUCGUGAUCCACCGUUUCCUGGAGCUGCCGCCCGUGUCCAAGUCCCUGGAGACCCUGCUGGACCACCUGGGGGGUCUGUACAAGUUCCACGACAGGCCCGUCACCUACCUGUACAACACUCUGCACUACUACGAGAAGCGUCUGCGGGACAGACCUGCGCUCAAGAGGAAACUAGUGGCUGCUGUUAUUGGGGCCCUAAAGGACAUCAGACAGCCCGGCUGGUGCCUGAGUGAAAGUUACCUGAAGUUUAUAACUCGUCCUGUGGAGGAGAUUUCCUGGGUGCCUGAUGACACCUACUAUUGCAAGCUGAUUGGCCGUCUAGUGGAUACCAUUUCUGGAAAGAACCCUCCCCCAUUUCCCAACUGUGACUGGCGGUUUAACGAGUUCCCGAACCCCGCGGCGCACGCCCUGCACGUGACGUGUGUGGAGCUCAUGGCCCUGCCUGUGGUGGGGAACAGUGUCGGCAGCUCACUUCUCAAUGUCGUGCUCAAGAGUCAACCCCUGGUUCCCAGAGAAAACAUCAUGUCAUGGAUGAAUGCCAUCGGCCUGGUCCUCACCUCACUUCCUGAGCCAUAUUGGAUGGUUCUCCAUGAGCGCAUCAUCACUACUGUCAAGUCAGACAUCCUGGUGUUACCUGAGAACCUGGGCACAGACCCCUUCACUGCCUUCGACUUCUGUGGCAGCCAAGGGUCGUACAACGAGGUCCAGUGCAGCUACGUGCUGGCCCUGACACACGCAGUGUGGCACCACUCCAGUAUAGGACAGCUCACGGUGCUGCCACAGUUCCUGAAGGAUCAGCUGAAGCCGUUGAUACAGACAGAAGAACAGUUCCUCUUCAUCUGUCACCUGGUGGGGCCCUUCCUGCAGAGGUUCCACCAGGAGCGCACCAGGUGUCUGCUGGAGAUCACAGUGGAGUUGUAUGAGAUGCUGCACAAUGUAGAUAAACACUGUGAGAAGUUACACUGCAUCCACACCAUAGCAGACUUCCUCUAUCAUGUGAAGUACAUGUUUACAGGAGAUGGGGUGAAGAACGAAGUGGAGAGAAUCAUUCGCACCUUCCGACCUGAGCUCCAGAAGGGUCUGCGCUACAUCACUCACAUCAGUAAACCUAACGAGGCCUCCACUUCAUCUGCCUCCUGAACCACUCCUGGAUGGUGAAAUAGACAUAUUUUUAAACUUCUUUUGUGUCCUGGACACAAGAACUUUAGACUCACAAGCCUUAAGGAUAUCCAAAAUCACAGCUUCCUAAAAUAUGAUGAGAUUGGCCUAGAGGCUGGUGCUUGACAUCACCAUCAUCCCAGGAUAUUAUGUGGAACGUAAAUUGUU